AUUUACUGACCGGGGAAAGAAGAGAGAGACAUGAGUAUCCAGCAGCUUCCUCUGCUCCUCAUCCUCGUCUGCUCCAGCUUCAUCCAUGGAGCCUCGCCACUUUGCACUGACUCCAGGGCGCCCGUGGUGCUGAAUGUGACGCUCAAGUUCUGCCCGACCGACGGCGGAGGCGGCGGCUGCUGCGACAGCGCCGCCGACGCCGCGCUGCAGGAGCAGUUCGACGCUAUGGGAAUGAAGCCUGGCCGCGCAUGCGCCCGUCUCGUCAAGUCCAUCCUCUGUUCUAAAUGCAAUCCGUUCUCGGCUGAUCUGUUUGGCAUUGGGUCCACUGCACGUAUAGUUCCUCUCUUGUGCAGCUCUUCCUCGGCACCAAAUUAUUCUCAACCUGAGGAUCCCAGAGGGUACUACUGUGAGCAAGUUUGGAAAGUUUGCAAAAGCACAGCAAUAUCCAACUCCCCUUUUCAGCCAAUAAAUGUUGCGCUUACUGGUUCAGCUUCCAUGCUUACUGAUUUUUGGCACUCAGAAAAUGACUUUUGUGCGUCACAUUCCGGUACAUCACACAACCAGUCAGUAUGCUUCAAUGGGCAGGGGGUCUCGUUUAAUGCUAGGAAGGACUCUUCACCAUCUCCUACUCCUACUGGGGUUUGCCUUGAGAAGAUUGGUAAUGGAUCCUACCUUAACAUGGCUGCUCACCCUGAUGGGUCCAACAAAGCCUUCUUCUCUAGACAAGAUGGGAAGAUAUGGUUGGCUACUCUUCCUGAACCAGGAAUGCAAGACGGUCUGCAAAUUGACGAGAUGAGCCCAUUUCUUGAUCUCGCGACAGAAGGUCACCUCAGUUCGGACCUUGGACUCGUGGAUCUAGCGUUUCAUCCGGAUUUUGCAAACAAUGGGCGUUUCUUUGUUUCAUACAUUUGUGAUGGAACUCAGUCACCCAACUGCACUGGUAGGUGUUCGUGUGAUCAGGAAGUGGAAUGUGAUCCCUCAAAGCUCGGCUCUGAUAAAAAUGAUGCACACCCUUGCCAGUACCAUCUAGUUAUCUCAGAGUAUUCUGCGGAAGGUUCACCAUCAAACGUCUCUGAAGCAACAUAUGCUGAUCCAUCAGAAGUCAGAAGGGUAUUUUCAAUGGGGCUCCCAUAUGUUUCUAACCAUGCUGGUCAGCUCCUUUUUGGACCUACCGAUGGAUACCUAUACCUUUUCACGGGAAAUGGUGGGAUAAGAGGUGACCCUUUGAACUUCUCCCAGAAUAAGAAGUCACUCUUGGGAAAAAUCAUGAGGCUCAACAUUGAUGAACUUCCAGAGCUGAAUGAAGUUGCUAACCUAAGCAUAUGGGGUAAUUAUACAAUACCAAAGGACAAUCCAUAUGCUGAUGACAGCAACUUACGACCAGAGAUUUGGGCCUUGGGUCUUGAAAACCCAUGGAGAUGCAGCUUUGACUCCGGGAGGCCUUUCCACUUGUACUGUGCAGAUGAUGUCCAGGAUCAAUACAAAGUGAUAGAUUUGAUAUCCAAGGGUGGCAACUAUGGGUGGGUCCGUGUGUAUGAGGACCAGCAUGUUGGCUAUCCGCCAUGGGCUGCUCAAGUAACCAAACCUACACAAGGCAUCAUUUUCCCCAUAAUGGGCUAUAAGGUUUCUUCUUCUGCCUCUGAGAACAUGGAAUCUGCAUCCAUAGUUGGUGGAUAUGUCUACCGUGGGGCUGCCGAUCCUUCCUUGUAUGGAAGGUACUUAUUUGCGGACAUGUACACAUCUGCUAUGUGGACCGGCACUGAUGGCAGUGGUAAAUAUACCUCUACCUCCAUUCCAUUGCGCUGUUCGAAGAAGACACCGAUUCCCUGUGAUGAGUCCGCCAACGGUCCUCUUGGACUCAUAUUUUCGUUUGGCGAGGAUAACAAGCUUGACGUCUUCAUCCUGGCAAGCCAAGGCACCUACCGGAUUGUCCAGCCUAUCCUCUGCGGCUAUGCUGAUCUGAAUCCUGCAGCGACAGACGUAGUGACACCUUCUGGUGGCAGCAACAGGAUAUCAGCAUUGAUGAAGGUCCUCGUAACUGUGUUGUCGAUUUUGACCGCAUCUGUGGCUAGCUUGGUAGCUUGGAGGUGCUUCUGCAACAACACGUCCUUCUACUGCAAUGAGAAUGUCCAGGUAACCAAUAACAACACCAUGCAUGGAGAUAGUCCUUCAGGCAAACCAGGUGGUAUUGAAUUCGCUAUAUGUAUGCCUGAAGAGCGCCGUGGUCGCUAGAUAUUAGAUACUCUG